AAAUAUCAAAGGAGGAAAUAUCUUUGGACGUGCUUUUGUGGACUUUUGUCGUUGACGGUAACUGAAGAAAAAGUCAAGCCUAAACGAUCAACCCCGGCUCGUCCUGAAUCAAUAUCAGCAGAAAGAAUACGAUCAUGCAAAGAAGUCUUCGACGAUUUGCUAACAGACACAAUUAUCAAUGUUGCGCUUACUUGCUUUUUCUUGGGAGUGUCUCAACAUUUUGGCUGGAAUGGAUCGUUUGAUGGCCUUCUGCACGGCUGCUUCGAGAUGUUCCUGCAUAUUGCAACCAUGAUUUAUCUUCUGAAGCCUGCGCUGAUUGUCGGCAAAUAUGUUGGAACUUUUGUGCUAUUUGGAGAAAAAGCGGCCUGCACAAAGAACAAAUGCAACACUGUCGACACGAACAUGACGAAGGUUAGCAAGAUGUUCUGCCCGAUGAUAAUGGGAGACAGAAAGAAGCUCUUGAUCCUAUUUUUCUGGUACAUUGUGGCUGGAAGGAUUGCUUACACAAGCAUUACCCGUCAUAGCACUCUUGCUCCUUUCGGUUAUUGGUACAUGGUCGUAUUGACUCUCAAGACUUUAUAUCAAGUUGCCAUGCGACAGUUUAUGCAUCAGUGGGAAGAAACAUCAAGAGAAUCUGGCAAGAUUUCUGCAGCCUAGAUGCUUCAACAUUAGUGUGCCUUCGAUUUUGAGGAAUUUUGCUCCUCAAGAACUUGUGACUGUUGUAUGUGAAUAAUACUUUAAGGAUUACU